ACCUUUCUCAAGAACACAAACCUUCUUCAGCAUUGCCUAGGGGAGAAAUGGACGUCCACGUUAUCCGGAGUGGACCAAGCCAACAAGCAUUUGCAGAAAAAACAUCUUUCGUUUCAACUUUCCCCUCUCAGAUCACCAUGGACAAAGAGCAAAGUCAUGGAAAUGGAAAGAGAAAGAGAGCAGGGGAAAAGAGUAUAGAGGGAGCAUCCACUUCUUCGUUCGUCUCUCCGGUACCCACAGAUGUAGGUAGCGGUCAAUAUGAUGUGUUCUUGAGCUUUAGAGGCUCGGAUACCCGCAAGGCAUUCACUGAUCACCUCUACCAUAGUUUGAUCGAGGCAGGGAUUGUACCGAUUUGCGUGUUCAAGGAUGAUAACAGCAUACCAAUCGGUGAGGAAUUUGGUUCGAAGAUUCUCGAUGCCAUCACACGAUCUAAGAUUUCGAUCCCCGUCAUCUCUGAAAAUUAUGCUUCGAGCAAAUGGUGCCUCCGCGAGCUCAUUCAUAUCAUGGAUCGCAAGAAGAGCACAUCACACAUAGUGUUGCCCAUCUUUUACAAAGUGGACCCAUCAAAUGUGCGGUAUCUAAAAGGAAGUUUUGGGGAGGCAUUCCAUUCGCGUAAAAAGCAUUUUGAUGAGAAGGAUAUCCACGAAGGGCAGCGAGCACUUAGAGAAGUGAGUGACUUACAUGGAUGGGAAUCCGAGAAAGUUGCUAACGGGCAUGAAGGAGAAUUAGUGAAAAAAAUUAAGAAAAAGGUUAUGAGCGAGUUGCGACAAGAUUUUCAGCUUGAUGUUAGUAAGCACUUAGUUGGAAUUGGUGAUCAUGUGAACAAAAUCAGGAAUUGGGUAGACACUCCAACCACUAAUGCUCGAAUGAUUGGAAUCUAUGGCAUGGGCGGGAUCGGAAAAACGACACUUGCCAAGGUAAUCUAUAACCGGCUGUCGAAUGACUUUGUGCAUCGCAGCUUCCUUGCAGAUAUUCGAGAAAUAGCUUGCCGCAACGGUAUUCCUUAUUUACAAAAGCAACUUAUUAAGGAAAUUCUACAAAUCGAACCUAAAGUUUGGAAUGUUGACGAUGGAAUUAAUAUAAUCAAAUCUAGAUUCAGAGGAAAAAAGGUUCUCAUUCUUCUGGAUGAUAUAGAUGACAAGAAUCAACUAGAUGCAUUGGCUAGGGAACAUAGUUGGUUUAUGGCAGGAAGUAUGAUCAUCGUUACAACUAGAAAUGAAGCCGUUCUUGAUCAAUCUGAAUUCGAGGUAGACUACAAGUAUGAAUUGAAUGAAUUGGAUGAGGUGCAAGCUUUGCUUUUGUUUAACAGACAUGCAUUUCGCAUGGACCAUUCUCCGAGGGACUUUGAGGCUAUAUCUCAUGAUAUCAUAUCCACCAUGGGUGGGCUUCCCUUGGCACUUCAGGUCGUAGGUUCAUACUUGUACAAAAAAAUGAAUCGAAAAGUAUGGGAAGAUGUGCGGAAGCAAUUAGAAGGCCAACCACAUAAAGAUGUCCAAAAGAUAUUGCAAAUAAGUUAUGAUGCAUUAGAAGAUGGACAUAAGCAGAUUUUUCUCGAUAUUGUUUGUUUCUUUAUUGGCAAAGGGAGCGAAGUGCACAAAUUCGCCAUGUACAUGUGGGAGGACUGUGGGUUUUAUCCAAAUCAAGGAAUUGAAGAAUUGAAGUUGAGGUGCUUAAUUAAAAUUGGAGAUGAUGGUGAGUUUACGAUGCAUGAUCAACUAAGAGAUCUUGGAAGGAGCAUUUUUUGUCAAGGACAACCGCUUGACAAACGUAGCGGGCCAUGGGAUUGCAACUACAGGGGAGCCUCGAGAGUAGUACGGGAAGAAUGGAGGUCCUGGUUCCGUGACUGGAUGCGGGCAGCUACAAGCGGAGACUCUUCUAACGAACUCCUUUAUGAAAUAAGAUGGCUUCAAUGGUGGGUCAGGGGAAGCGAAUUGGCUCUUCCGACGACCAAUUUGCAUCUACCGAACUUAUCGGUGCUGGAAUUAUCAGAGAGCGUGAUGACAGAGCAUCGGGAAGAAGGGAGUUUGAUGACGCUGCCAGAGCGGCUACAAGUUCACAGAUGGUGCUUUGGUUUAAGAUAUACUCGUGAUUUCUCGGAUUUAUCACAUCAGAUUGGAAGGAUGGAGUUUGAUCAUCAUCACAGCAGGCUUCAAGAUGGAUCUUUGGUUUGGGAAGGAUGGGAAGGAUGGAGUUUGAUCACGACGGCAGAGCGGCUACGAGUUCUCGACCUUAGCGGUUGCAAUGGUUUAAGAUGUACUCCUGAUCUCUCGGCUUUCACGCAGUUGAGGGUUCUCCGCUUGGACCAUUGUGCCGGACUAGAGCAUCUACACCCUUCUGUUGGCAAACUCAAGAGCCUCAUUUCCUUGGAAUUGAGCUUCUGUUUUAGUCUCAAGGAGCUACCAGAGGAAGUGUGCGAAUUAAAAGAAUUAGAAGAACUUGUAUUAGAUGAUUCUGGUAUUACAGAGAUCCCAACGUCUAUCAUUGGUUCUCUGAAGAAGCUGAAGACACUGAGCGCCUACCGUUGUGAGUCACUGAGAGAAAUCCCUAGCUCAAUUGGGGAUUUACAGAAUUUGCAACACCUGAACUUGAGUGAUUCUGGGAUUGAAAAGCUUCCCAGUGCUAUUGGGGAUCUUUCUUCUCUCCAGCACCUUGACCUAUGGCGCUGUGACAAGCUCCGGUCGCUGCCACGGCUUUCUAGCCUAAUCCACCUAGAAGAACUCCAUCUUCUGGGAUGCCAUCUACUUGAAGACAUCCCCGAGCUUCCCUCGAGACUCUUGAUACUCUGUAUUGAGAAGUGUGGUAAGCUGAUAUUGCUUAAGCUCAACGGAUUGAAGAACUUGGAAGAGCUUUCAAUAAAAAGGUGCAGUUCAAUUGAAAGAUUGGACCUUUCACGGUUAAUUCGUCUGAAACGAUUACACGCUGAGCAUUGCAAUGACCUAGUCGAAAUUCAGGGCAGUGAUAAUUUGGAGUUCUUGGAGGGCAUAUUUAUAUAUGACUGCAAUUCCUUUAAAAGGCUUCUCUGUCCAAAACCAGGGCGUUUGAAGUGGUUAGUGGCUGUCAGGUGCAACAAUCUAGUCGAAAUUCGAGGUCUUGAUGGUGCGAAAUUCUUAGAAGUGUUGGAUUUUAUAGGAUGCGAAUCAAUGGAGAUGUUGCCAAAUUUGACGGGAUGUGAGAAGUUACGAUCUCUAAUUGUUCGAAACUACAACAAACUUACUCAGCUUCAGGGACUUGAAAAGUUGGAUUUGAUUGAUUUGGAUAUUUCUGGUUGCGACUCAUUGGAAGCAAUCUUGAAAUUAUCUUGCACGCACGUUAUUAGAAGUUAUGAAUGAGAGCUGUGUUGUGUUCGCUAUGGAAAUGUUAUCUUGCAGUGAUAAUGAUGUGAGGAAUCUUAUAUUACAACAGUGAGACGAGUCAUGUUUCUUCAAUAGAGAUAAAUAAGCAGUGAACAAUCUUUUUUCUUUUGA